GCCGCACUUCGGCCGCGCUUGACACUGCCAUUGACAGCGCGCUGACGACGCUCAAAUACGACGACGACGGCUGAUAUCCCUCUUGCUUCCUCCUCCCUCCGCCAUGAUGGGUCUACUCAGCACCCUCAACGCAUACAUCUCGUCCUUCCCGCCCGAGUACCACUGGCCGCUCCAGUUCUGCGCCUUCACGACUGCCGCGACGUACAUCGCGUCCAUCAUCACCUCGAAUGUCUCCCAGGUUGAUCGGCUGUGGACGUUCCUCCCCGCGAUAUACACGGCGUACUUUGCGCUGUUGCCUGUGCUGCCGAGGACGCAGCUCUUGCCAUUAUUCCCGUAUGUGCCGAAGGAGCUUGACGUGCCGGAGGUGCUGAGCCCGAGAGCGGUGCUGAUGCUGGGGCUGGUGGUGAUUUGGAUGAUCAGACUGAGUUACAACACUUGGCGCCGCGGGCUGUUCAACCUGAAGGAUGAAGACUACCGCUGGGCGAUCGUCAGGCGCAACAUACCAGGUUGGCUCUUCCAGAUUACGAACCUUGUCUUUGUAGCCGGCAUCCAGAAUGUCCUACUGCUCAUGCUCGCCGUCCCCACCGCCCUCGCCUCCGUCAAGCAACCUCGCGCGCCGCUGACCGUAGGGGACUACGCCCUCACCGCGCUCGCUCUCAUCGAUAUCGCCCUCGAGUUCACCGCCGACAAUCAGCAGUACGCGUUCCAGACGUAUAAGCACGCCUUCCUCGCCAAGGAGAAGGGCGAUACGUCGGUUGCGCCCUACGACCCCGCGAAGCAGUGGCCCGGCGCGCGCUUGAACUGGACGCCGGCGGACGCGCGCCGCGGUUUCGUGACCAAGGGGCUGUGGGCGUACGUCCGGCACCCCAACUUUGCGUGCGAGCAGACGUUCUGGUGGCUCAUAACCCUCUUCCCCAUCCUGCCCCCGCACAACGUGCUCUCCUCGAAGGACAUCAUCCACGCGCCGACCGUCUGGGUGAUGCUGCAGCGCCUCUGGCCGUUGUGGCCCGCGAUCGCACUUUCAGCGCUCUUCUACUCGUCGACAAACUUGACGGAAUCGAUCAGCGCGGGGAAGUACCCGGAGGCCUACAAGGCGUAUCAGGCGCGGGUGGCGAUGUUCAAGCCGUAUGAUACGUGGUUCAAGGGCCUGAAGCUGGCGCAGGAGGGGCCGGCGAGGAAGGCGGAGGUGGAGAGGCUUGUGUGGGGGGCUGCUGAGAAGAAAGAGUGAGGGUGGUGCGUAUCGCUAGUGAUGUUGUUCUCGAAGGCUAUAUAUCAACUGUAACUCUGUAACGUGAAUGCCUAAGGCUUGUUGCUCGUCGAGUGGCGUGCCGAUCCCAGAUCGUCCAGUCCACCGAGGCUUAUAUUCA